AUCUCAAUCUCAAUCAGGCUCCUAUCCAUUACCACCGAAAACGUGAGCCCAGAACCCUCAGCUGACCACUCAUAUCUGCUGUCACUACGAUUCCUUCCUCACUCAGCCCUGGUUGAAUUUUAAAGAUCUGACAGCCAUGUGCAACUACGUCCAAAACUACUACAUUUACACGGCCUGCUACAGCCCCAAUAGCCACUUCUUGAGGACAGAGAUGGAAGGCAUAAAAGACAAUUCAUCACGAUGUGGGAAAGCACCUCAUGAACGAUUUAUUAUUGUGCCGGAAAAGUGUACCUUGUGCAUCAAGGAAGGCAAGUGAGUGUUAUACAAGAGGAGCUUGGGGGGGGGGAACUUUCUUGCCGGAAGCUGGGGGAGGAAGGGAGAUAGUUUCUG